AUGGCGGAGUCAAGCUUAAAAGCUGUCCUUGACUUUUUAAAAUAUAAAUUCCCGGACGCUUUCAAGGCACUUAAUGCCUCAUUAUUAGACGUGGAAUCCGGAGCCCCCGCAGAGCAUUCCAAAUCCGGGUCAAGCACCGGCGAUGCGUCACUGCCGUCUAGCGACGUGGAGGAUAUGGAGCUAGACUCCCCUAUGUCACCCGAAAAUCCUGAAGAUGCAGGCGGCUUAUUUACGGAAGUCUAUAAUAAGAAAAAGCGCAAGAAGCGCUCCUCCCCCGCUUCUUCGUCACCGUCAUCAUCAUCCUCAUCCCCCGUGCCUCAGAAGGCGCCGCGCCCUCAUUCCCCGCUCGAAUCUUCCCAGUCAGCUCCGAUCCCAGCCCUUAUGGCUACUCCCGUCGAGCCUCCCAAAACUGCUCCCUUCAACUCCUCACCCCAGUCUCCAAUCGCUCGUCCUGCCCUCCCCGUAGCCCGUGCGCUACAUAGUAAAAAACCUCCCCCAAUCUACAUUCAAGCCAAGGACAAGUGGCCGAUGAUCAAAUCGGCACUUUCCAAUAAAAUAGAGUGCGUAGCAACGCCUACCCAACAGGAUUCUAGGAAUCUUCGUCGGGAUCCCAGUCAUAUUCCCAGGGAGGCUCUGGAGUGGAUCCCGCUAGGAACAAGAAGACGUGGCCGUCCUAAACAAACUUGGCGGCGCUCAGUAGCUGCCGAUAUGAAGGCAAUCGAGCUGACGUGGCCCGAGACCAAACGCAGAGCCCAAGAUAGAGCGAACUGGCAGCGCACUGUGGACGCCCUCUGCCCCACUGCGGGGAUAUAA